GUGUACAUUCACGGUCUCAGCUGAUACGUGUUAGCUGACAGGCUAACUCCUGUUAACUACAUCUACUGUGAGCCUGAAGGAUAUCCGACGAUGCCACCCAAGAAUAAAAGCAAGAAGGCCGUGAAGGGGAAGUCUUCGGCCGUGGUGGACGGGCUGUCUACAGAUGAGAUGUCCAAGGACCAGCUGGAGGAGCACAUCGUCCGCCUGCGAGAGGAGCUGGACCGAGAGCGGGAGGAGAGGAGCUACUUCCAGCUGGAGAGGGACAAGAUCCAGGCCUUCUGGGAAAUCUCCAAGAGGAGCCUGGAGGAGACGAAGGCCGAGCUGAGGAACAGACACCGAGAGAGAGAGGAGGCAGAGGCCCGCCACCAAGUGGAGAUUACUGUGUACAAGCAGAAGCUGAAGCACGUCCUGUCUGAACACCACGGUACGAUCUCUGGGAUGAAGGUGGACGGCGUGGCCUUGAACACGCUGGUCCAGAACCAGCACGCAGAGUCCGACCUCGGGCUUCGGAAAGAACUGCGCUGCCAGCAGGAGGACUUCAGGGAGAAGAAGCGCUACAACGAAAACGGCCUCAAGGAGCUGAAGCUAAAGCACCAGGUGGAGUUAAUGGAGCUGGUAAACAACUGUGAUAAAAAAAUCAGAGAAAUGGAGAUCAAAUAUCACAAGAAAAUGCAGUCGAUGACCGAAGCGGAGUCCAAGAAGCGGCAGGCCGAUGUCACCGACCUGGAGGACAGAAUGAAAAGUCGCGUUAUGACUCUGAUCAAGCAACACGACAGAGCUCUCAGAGGCGCCGAGGAUUACUACUCCUCUGUUCAAAACAAAAUACUGUUGGAUAAGAGUAUGCUGAAGGAAGAACUCUCAAAGUCGGCGAGGCUUCACUCCCAAGUGGACAGACAUCUUAAAACAGCCAGGCAGGAGAACAAACUUCUGAGUGAGUCUCUGCAGGAAACCCAGCAGAAGCUUCCGGAGUUACGCAAGCAGCUGCAAGAGUACAAGCAGACCAAAGCUAGGAUCGUGGCGACUAGAGCUCGAGUGAAGGUCCUUGAAAAGGAGCUGAGGGACCUGUCGUUGGAGCAUGAGCUGCUGCUGCAGGCGUUUGAGAAGGUUCAGCAGGAGCGCGAUGAGCUGCUGAAGAAGCAGACGGAGGCCAUCCUGGACAUUCAGCAGAAGAGCGGACUGAAGCAGUUGUUGCUGGAGAGGAAGUUGGCAGCGCUGACCGAAACUGUGGAGAAGAAGGAGGCUCAGCUCUGCGCCGCACUCUCCGCCUCCAACAUCGACCAAACGGCAGGAAGCAGGGCGGCAAACAAACUCGAGGAAAUACUGGAGUCUAAACAAGCCACCAUCGACGCCUUCCAGUGCGACUUGGCUCGAGAUUGUCAGGAGUACGACAGCCUGCUGCAGACCUGUCAGGAGAAGCUGAAGGCUUUGGGCGUCCCUCUGUACGACUUCCCCUUCAGGCCUUCGGAGCAGGUCCUGGGGGGACAGACUCGGGUACAGAACUCUCCGGGUUCUGCCUCCAAACCCUGAACUCGCCCAGGUGUCAGGUGAACACUCACCUGCUCUACCUGGAUGCUCUCCAUCACAAACUACUUGACCUCUCUACCUCUCUGUCACUCGAUCAUUUCCUACAAGUCACAUGACAUAACGAAUAAGCAGUUUACGGCUGAUUUUCUUAAUGAACUUUCUGAAGCUCUUUAUCCUGAUUAUUAAACAUCCUGCUGCUGAGAAUUCACGUCUUUCUAUUGAUGCUGCUGGUGACGAUGUUUACCAGGUAAACU